ACUUUUUAUUUUAUCUAGAAAUCUAGCCAGUCUACUUCUAGAAUCUAGAUGAUUAUCCAGUUUUGAAAUUUUAAUGCUGAGUUUUAAUUGAGAAAUGUUAUAAUGUACAUAGAACAAAGAUCAAUAUUUCCAUGGCCAUGAGAGGCCCGCUCGAGGCUGGGUGUGUACACAAUGAGAAUGUCCAGUGUCUCGCUGGACCUUGUUGUGUACGAUAGCGUGUUCGCCCAGAGGCAGGUCCAGGCCCUGCAGGGUACCUGCACAUCCUGCAGGAGGGAGAGCUACACUGUCAAGAGGUGCACCAGGUGUGGCCUGGCCAGGUACUGCGACAGGGACUGCCAGAGACGGGAUUACAGACGGCAUAAAGGCAUCUGUAUGACCAUCUCCGACUUCGAGGCAGCCAAGAAAAGAAUCGGCCCUGACCUUAGACAGGUCUUGCUGGGUCCGGCUGGUUUCACAGGGUUUAGUUUCUUCAUUGGGAGUCUGCCGGACAUCACUCGAUGUUGGUCAUAUUUCUUUUUCUUAAACUUAAAGUAGAAGUAUGAGAUCUAUGAUUUGAGUAGUUGAAACACAGAAACACAGGCACAUAGGCCUACACGCUAGCAAGCACACACUUUCUUGUAUAUACAGUCUCAUAUAUAUAAUGUAAUACAAGUACUUUCUUCUACACAUACACAUGAAAGACUCAGAUUUAUUGUAGUCACACACAUACCUCCACACACAUACCUGAGAGUCCCGCUCGAGGCAGGGUGUGUACACAAUGAGAAUGUCCAGUGUCUCGCUGGACCUUGUUGUGUACGAUAGCGUGUUCGCCCAGAGGCAGGUCCAGGCCCUGCGGGGUACCUGCACAUCCUGCAGGAGGGAGAGCUACACUGUCAAGCGGUGCACCAGGUGUGGCCUGGCCAGGUACUGCGACAGGGAGUGCCAGAGACGGGAUUACAGACGGCAUAAAGGCAUCUGUAGUGAGUAGCUGGCUCACCUCGUUAUUUAACGUGUUGGGGGGGGGGGUGUGUAAUCCCCAAAGAGUUAUCAUUAAUGGGAUAAUCCAAAUUAUAAUUCUAAACACGUGACUUCUUGGUCGGGUGGUAGCGGGAACGACUUUUAACACGCAGGUCUAGAGGUCUGAUCCCGGGCUCGAAUCUGUAGGGUUUCGCUGAGUCAACCCAGCUCUUAUGAGUACCUAACUCAAGUUAGAGAGUUUAAAGGCGGCUGGUCAUGGUGCUGACGUCACAAAAAGGUGAACCCUGCUUCAUUUGCCCUAUGGACCUCCAUGUUCAAAAGGAUAACUUUACCAAUCCUAAAAACAGAGAUCAAUAUUGGGAUAGUGUUAUCCUAAAGUCAAAGAGUUAUCGAUGAUCUAAUUUUAACUCAAAGAGUUAAAUGUGGUAACGUCACGGCAUGUUUGACAUUAGUUAUCGUAAAUGGGAUACACACUACUUUUAUUUUUUUUUAAAAUGUAAUCAUUAUUUCCAGUGCACACAAGUUUAUCAGUAGUAUGAUUUUGGUUCGUGUUUUGGUUUGUGCUUAUCAACGCACGUAUCAUUCCACGCAUAACAUUAAUAUUUUUUUAAUAAAGGGCUCUUCACAUACAAAACAACAGUGCCGAUCGACUUUUUUUUUCUAUUGACGAAUUCGUCGCAGAAAUAAUCGAUUACAACGCAGACAAUAU